AUGGAAGAUGCUUCCGAUCAUACUCCGAUGCAGAAUUCGGGUUUUGUUGAUGGCCUAGUGAUGGAAGGUAGAUCUGGAUUUGGAUCUGUGAGUUUUAGGGAUAAGUUGAUGGAUACGGUCAAUUUAGCCAAAAAUGUGGGAAUUGAUGUGAAUAGCCUUGAGGUGGAUUACGAUGAUCUCAAUGAUGAAACGGAUGUUGUAGUUGCUUGUGGGGAGCGUGGUCCAAGCAUCCAGUUCUCUGAACGAGCUAUGGAUCGAUUGUGUAAGCCUUGGAAGAAUGCUCUUAUUAUCAAGCUGCUAGGAAGAUCACACACUUAUAAUUAUCUUCAUGCUAGAUUGCAACAAAAAUGGAGUCUCAAAUGGGGUUGGAAAUUGGUGGAUUUAGUUAAUGAUUAUUUUGUGGUGAAAUUUGAGCUAGAGGAGGAUUUGAAUUUUGUUCUCACUGGAGGGCUCAGGAUUAUUGUAGGGCAGGUGUCUGCUUUACAGUUGGAAUGUUUUAAUGUGUGGUCUUUGAAGAGAAUUGGCAAUCUAUUGGGCAAGCUCUUGAAAAUUGAUUCUCUAACCACAUCUCAAAAUCGGGCUGUGAAUUCUGUGGAGAGUAAUGCAAGGGGUUCUGAUGAGGGGGGAAUGGAUCAUAUGGCCACUGACUCUGGCACUAAGGAUGCUAAGGAUAUGCUUGCGGAGAGUGGGUUAAGAGGUUCGUGGAUGAUUGUUCAACCUAGACGGAAUGUCAAGGCUCCUUUUAGAUAUGGUAAUGGUAAGGGUUAUGGUGAUCAGGCUAAGGGGUCCAGGUUUGCUGCUCUUCGACAAGUGAAUGAUGAUUUUGGGAGAGCUGAAGUUGGUUGUGAUGUGGAGCAAAUGCAAAAUUAUUCCAAACCAGCAAGUUCUGCUGCUCCUUUUGUUGAUUUUAGUCCCAAAGUUUGGACUAAAUCGCAAAGGUCUAAGAAUGCAUCAAGACUUGUUUUGAAUGAUAUUUCUACCCACUCUGUUCGCGUCCAACGUAAGGGUGGUGAGAGUGGUAGGAAAAUUGUUGGUGGUAAUAAAACCCUAUUUGGAGGUACGACUAUAAAAGAGAGAUUUGGGACAAUGGGAGAAAAGGUUAAUACCAAGGGUAUUGUAAAUGAUCAGAUUGCUAGUUGGGUUAAUGAGAAUGAUAUAUCCAAAGAGAAAGGAGUUUAUUUCUUUGGACAUCAGCCACCCAACAUACAGGAAGAGGAAGAGUCUGUGAUGGGUAGCUUUGAUUCUGAUGAUGAUGAGGAGCAACUCCUCUCCUCGGUUCCUGGAAGCCAAAAUAAAGUUGAACAGAUGGAUUUGUUUGAAGGGCAAGGAAAUGUUGCUAAAGAGCAGUUGACAGAUAAUACCUUCGACAAUGUUGGAGUUGGGUUUUCUGGUGGUCUUUGGUUGAUGUGGGAUGAUAGCAGAGUGCAUCUGGAUAUCAUUGGGACUUCUGAUCAGUCUAUUAUAGCCUCUGGUGAUUUCAAUGAAAUGCUAGGGGUUGAUGAUAAGUUGGGAGGUGCUUCUGUGAAUAGGUUGAAAGGGUUUAAAAGGUGGUUUGGUGGUAAUAAUAUGAUGGACUUGGGUUUUUCUGGGCCUAAGUUUACUUGGAGAAACAAUAAAGUUUUUGAGAGGCUUGAUCAUGCUAUCUGUAACAUGAAGUGGAGACACUUGUUUCCUGAGGGUCAUGUUAGACAUUUGCCUCGUACCACUUCUGAUCAUAAUCUUAUCAAGGUAUCUUUGCAGUCUAAUUUUUGUGCCUCUUUUAGGCCUUUUAGAUUCGAGGCUAUGUGGCUGAAGCAUGAACACUUCAAUGAUUUAAUUGUUGCUGUUUGGGGGAGUUCUUCUGGCUCUGCUGUAGAUAAGACUUUGAAUUUGAUUAAACAUUUAAAAAAUUGGAAUUCUACUAUCUUUAGUCACUUAAGACAAAAGAAGGCUAUACUUUUGGCUCGUCUUGAUGAGAUUCAGAGGGCUUUAUGUCGGGGUCCUAAUUAUUUCCUUAAGCAGCUGGAGAUUUUUCUUAUGGAUGAUUUUAAUGAAGUCUUAGACCAUGAAGCGUUGUUUUGGAAGCAGAAAUCUAGGAUUAAUUGGUUGCAAGGGGGUGACAGAAACACUAAAUUUUUCCAUCUCACUGCUGUGAUUAGAAGAAGGAGGAAUAAAAUCAAGCGGCUUAAAAAUAAUGAUGGCUUGCUUGUUGAGAAGGCUGCAGGCAUCAAGGCUCUUGCUGUGGAGUAUUUCUCGGGUCAGUUCAACCAAGUGCAGGUGGCUGUCCCUGACAUGGUCCUCCCUAAUUUGUUUCCUGGUAUUAGCAAUGAUGAUUUGGCUUUGUUGGGUAAGAAUAUUGAAUUGGAUGAGGUUAAAGAGAGCCUUUUUAAUAUUGGAAGUCUUAAAGCACCUGGUGUUGAUGGUUUUCCAGCCUGUUUUUACCAAAGUCAAUGGGAUCAUUGUUCUUCUGACAUCUAUGCUUUGGUGAUCAAAGCUUUUACUGAGUGCAAGGUUCCUGAGAAAUUAAAUUACACCGUUAUUACUCUGGUGCCUAAAGUUACUAAUCCUCAUACUAUGGUUCAGUUCAUGCCAAUUAGUCUUUGUUCAACUCUCUAUAAAGUCAUUUCCAAAAUUAUUGUUGCAAGGUUGAGACUUAUCUUGCCUUGCCUCAUUAGCCUCAACCAGAUCUGCAUUAAUGGUGAAUUAACUGAUUCUUUUGUGCCUAAGAAUGGUAUUAGACAAGGUGAUCCUUUCUCACCUUACCUCUUUGUCUUGUGUGUGGAAAAGUUAUCUCACCUUAUUUUUGACUCUGUUCAAAAAAGGAUUUGGAAACCUGUUAAAUCCUCCCAGAGUGGUCCAGCUGCUUCUGGGCAAGUUGUUAACUAUGAUAAGUCUGCCAUUUUAUGUUCUCCUAAUACCCCUAAGGCAAUUGCUAAAGAGAUUAGCUUUAUAUGUGGUUAUCCUAUUGUUGCAAGUCUUGGGAAUUAUCUUGGGAUGCCUCUUUUACAUUCUCGACCAACUUAUACUACUUAUAAUGGGUUGAUUGAUCGAGUGACCAACCGUUUGGCUUCUUGGAAAAGCAAGUUGUUAUCUAUUGUUGGUAGGGCUACUCUUGUUCAAGCUGUGACUUCUUCCAUUCCCAUCUAUGCUAUGCAAACAGUUAAACUUCAUGCUAGUGUCUAUGAGCAUCUAGAUCGUUUGAAUCGUAAUUUUUUUUUGGGAGGCAAGGAGGAGAAAAAUAAGGCUAAGUACUUAAAGGGUGCCUCUAUUUUGGAUUCUCCUAACUCUGUCAAGAAGUCUAGUUCUCGCAAUUGGAAAUGUAUUGUUCAUGGUGUGGAGCUGCUUUUGAAAGGUAUGAGGUGGAGGAUUGGUUCGGGUGAUCAACAAGAUUUCAUACCUUGGCUUAAAGUUAAUCUGCUUUCUAAAGCUAAAUGGGGUGGUGGUCUGCCUUGGUCAGCUGUGUUUGUUUUUACCUGUUGGUACUUGUGGAAAUGGAGGAAUAAGCAUAUUUUUCUCCCUCUUGAUGAGUAUGUUGCUGACCCUAUUAAGACUAUCUUAAUGGUUGUGAGAGAUUGGGUCAAGGCUUCUCAGGCGCGUGUUAAGAUGAGUCCUAAAGCUCGGGUUUUACUCAGUUGGGAGCCUCCCGGUUUAGGUAUGUUUAAACUGAAUGUGGAUUGUUCUAGGAGAGCAGCCUCAGGUUGUAUUGGUGCUGGCAGAGUGAUCUGUGGGGCUAAUGGCAAUUGGAUCUGUGGUUUUGUUGUGAAUCUAGGCAAAGGGCAGAUCCUUGAGGCUGAGCUUUGGGGCUUGUAUUUUGGGCUGCAUUUGGCUUGUGAUAAAGGUAUCUCUAAUCUUCUUGUUGAGAUGGAUGUUGUAGUUGUUGUUUCCCUUGUUCAGCAAGCUAGUACCUUGAGUUGUCAUCCUUUUGUUGUGUUAAUUCAGAGUUGUUGUGCUCUUAUGAGGCGUAUUGGCAACUGUCACCUUGCUCAUGUUUACAGAGAAAUGAAUGUUGUAGCUGAUCGUAUGGCUAACUGGAGCUUUAACUUGGAUUUGGGGGUUAGCUAUUUGGAUGAGGCCCCUGCUUGGGUUAGCUCUUUUUUGGAGGAUGAUUUUUUAGGAGUUGUUAGGCCUCGCUUGAUCUAUACUAGUUAG